AUGCAAGCACAGACACAGGUCUCGCUAAAUGCGAGAAAAUUAAGGGUGGUGGGAAAGAGGGCUGCCACUGCAGACCUGGAGCAGUGCCACAGCUGCCGGCACCUGGAGGAGGAGGUGCAAAGGCUCCAGGCAGACAAUAGCAAGCUCCGGACGCUUAACAUGAGGCUGCAGGAGCAGCUGCUUGACAGGCUCUCGCAAGCAGGCAUGCAGGCUACUUGCAGCCCGCCACUGGAUGUGGCCGACCAAGAUCCAUGGAGCCCACCCUGCUCAAGUCUUCAGGAGGACACAUAUGCACUAGUGGAUCUUGGAGGUUCAUCACAUUCUGUGGCAGUGCCUGCAGUGCCUGCGGUGCCAACAGCUCCUGCAGCACCGGCCUCUGUGGCCACUGCCUCCGCGGACGUGCCUGCGGUGCCAACAGCUCCUGCAGCACCGGCCUCUGUGGCCACUGCCUCCGUGGACGUGCCUGCGGUGCCAACAGCUCCUGCAGCACCUGCCUCUGUGGCCACUGCCUCCACGGACGUGCCUGCUGAGACUGCUGCCACCGCUGUGGCGAACUGUUCAUUUAUCAGCGAUGGACAGGUUCAUCUGGCCAACGGUGUCUUGCUCCAGAGGGCCACUUAUGACCAACUGAUGGGAGUCCAGAAGGACUCCCAUUUUGUUAAAAGGGCCGCCGUCGCAAUCUGGUCGUCAGAGGUCCUCGCUCAAAGGAGCUUCACCGGGACCCUGACGAACCGGUUUGUGGUGGAAGGUGGCCAGAAAGCCCCGCAACAGCCACUGACGCCUCACAAAGUAGAUGCACUGAGAGGUGAGUGAGGGAGGUUGUGCAUUUUUGUAAGGGUGGGAACAGAUUAGCAGAAAAACAUGUGGAAUGUUGUGUUUUCAUGAAACACUCAUCCCGCACUACGCAGAGAAUGGGUGCAGGCACAAUUUAUUCUUGUUUUAGCCACAUGGUGCUUUCAGUCAAGAUCGACUGCAGCGGCACUUUCUGCGGUAAUUUGAAGUUGGUAGUAUACAGUGCUGUCACUGUCUGAGUUUUUACACACAGUGACAGUGUUUACUAUGUUCGUCAUGUAAUCU